AUGCACUACACAACCCUCCUCGCUCCCCUCCUCCUCGCCGCCCCCGUCCUCGGCCAAGGCUUCACCUGCAACAACGGCGAAAUAUUCGACAACUACUGCUGCGAAGGCGGUUCCUUCAUCGGUCCCGUUAUCUCCUCCUUCUCCUCCUCCCUCUCUUCCGCAGGUUCUUCUCGCUCCUCCUCCCUCUCCGACGCAGCCUCUUCCCGCUCCUCCUCUCUCGGCGCAGCUGCCUCGUCCCGGGAAUCCGCUCAAAGCUCCAUUCAGGCUAGCGAAAGUAGUCGGUUCUCCAACUCCGGAAUCCAGACCGCGACCACAGAUAUGGCAGCUGCUAUUACAGCGAGGGCGGUGUUGAAGAGGGCUAUUACGACGGAGGUCUCGUCGGGGUUGACUUGUGUGGGGGAUUCUGUCUCGAUGGACACGGAGAAUGUGCAGUCGGGGAGUAGUAGUGAUGGUACGACGUCGACGUCGACUGGGACUGGUGCUGGUGCUGCGACUACAACUUCGAGUUCAUCGGCUGGUGCGGCGUUCAUGACGCAGGCUCCGAUGUUGGCUGUGGGUGCUGCUGCUGCGUUUGCGUAUGGUGCUAUGUAAUUUAGGCGACUUAUCUGGAGAUAUCUGGCGUUGGGAUAGAAUCCUGUUAUGGAGAGUUGAGGCCUGUAUAUUAGAUAUUGUAAUGAAAGAUCGAAGUUUGAAGAGAAAACAUCUACAAAUGGAAUCCUCCAUCAAUAGUACCCUAUAAUUCUAGCUCAAUAGUCCUGAAAGGAAGCCCAGCCUUUGUAAAUGCAUCGAAUCGAUUUUGUUCUCUUAGCUACCCUGGUAAAAAGAUUCGUAAUGCAUCGCUGA